CACACGCCAGUGAUGUCACACAGCAGCUUUAGUUAAUGCCAAGCCAUGUUCUCUGUUGUUUGAGUUUUUUUUUUUCUGUGUCGCUGCCUUCAGAUCUGCUGGUAGCUCUUGCCUGUGGACUGUCGGCUGCAUUUCUCCUCCUGCUGCUGUUUGGCCUGUCGGUGUAUCUACUGUGGAGGAAGAGACGGACUCAAACAUUCUACAGAGGACUGAUACCUGCCACCCCCACAAUCCCACGAUGCAUCACUCCGGUGCUUCAGACUUCACAGAGCAGCACAUAUGGUUCGCACGGGUCAGGUGAUGUUCCUUUCAUCGUGCCUCCUCGAUUCAAACGGGCUCCCCAAUUAAACGACAAGAAGGAGGAAAGCAACAGUGCUGAGCAAUGGGAUCUCAAUCCAGAUCUGCACAGUCAGCGAGGCUCUCUAACAGUAGGCAGCUGGUUUCCUCUGGGCAGCAUAAGACCAGACCUGUACCAGCUUCCAGAGGAACCCAGUGAAUGGGCUCUUCCUGAUGGCUCGGCGGUGCGUUUGUGGUUCGCUCUGCGCUAUCAGCAGGACAAAGAGCAGCUGGUGGUUUCUCUGCUCCGGGCCGCCAACCUGCCAACUCAGUGCCAGCGUAACAUCACACUUGUCAAACUGCAGCUGCUGCCCUCUGACGACCGACGACACCGACAAGCCAAAGCACGGCGGAAAGGCUGCCAUCCUCAGUUUAACGACACCUUCGUGUUUCAGGUAUCCAACAGCUGUGUUGACCAGUGCUCUCUGAAUAUGAGCUUGUUCACUGUGGACCAUCAGAAGAAACACCAUCUAAUGGGCCAAAUCUUGAUUCCCCUCAUAUGUUCUGAGCUGAAGGAGGCGGCAGGCAAAGUGCAGUGGAGAGAUCUGGACAAUGAAAGCGAUCAACCCCUGUCAAAAAAUGGUGACAUCCAAGUAUCAUUGAACUACAAUCAGUCCCUACACCGCCUCACUGUGGUGGUUCUGCGUGCACGAGGAUUGCAGUGUUGCAGUGAAGCAGCUGUAUGUGCCAAGGUGUGUCUAAAGAUACACACUCAGGUGGUGAGGAAUAAAUGGACCACUGUGGCCAAAGGAAACAGCCCAUCGUUUAAUGAGAAGCUUACCUUCAGACUCCUGCCCAUGCAGCUGGACACAGCAUGUCUGAGCCUACAGAUCCAGCAGCCCAGCACUGAGAAGCCCGUGUUGUUGGCGAUUGUGGUCAUUGGGCCGUUCAUGUAUGCGAGGGGCAGAGAGCUUGAACACUGGAACGACAUGGUCAGCAAACCACAGGAGCUGGUCAGGCAAUGGCACCCGCUGGGAUCCGCUGACACAGUGCAGGGCCCUCAAUGAACAACAUCCGUCAAACCCAACGCCAAACACCCUCUUUGAAAGCAAUGGUAGUGUUUUCUCGUCUUUAAGCUUUAAGUCAAGGCUGAUGUUAGAAAACCAAUUGGAAUAAAAGAAAGUUAAAAGCAGAGGUUUAUUGAAAGCAUACAUUUGCAAAUGAGGUUAACUUGUAAUACCAGUUUGCUCUUUAAAAUCCCCUCAUAACAGUUGAUAAUGAAGGUAAAAAUACAGUCCACUUGUACAACAGGGUUCCCAUCCUUUCUGACCAAUGAAUUUCCACUUCUGUUAUCGUUGUUUGUGGUAAUUGGAUAAGGAUUUUGCUUAAAAUAACAUUUGAAUUCAGACUGAUUUGCCAUUAUCCAUCCAUUUCCCAAUCCUUUUGUCAUAUUUAGAGUCACAAAGACUGCUAUUGAAUAAUUCGCUCCAAUUUGUGAACUGGUGUUUAUUGAUUCAUUGAAACGAGAAUAGACUCAUUAAAAAACUGGACAUACAGUAAUAUUCAAAUGUUUGAGGUCAGUUUGUUUUAUAUUGAGGAAUUCAAUUGUAUAGCAAGAUCACACUAAAUUGAACAAGUGACAAAUAUAUUAUCAAUUUUACAAAAAGAUUUCAUAUAAAGGCUGUUUUUCAGCACAAAUAAUU